AUGUUCUCGGCCUUCCGGAACGCCCUAAGCGACCGGACCAACAACACAUCCAAUACUGUCACAAGGAAUGCCAGGAGUGAGGAAGAUGCCAAAUUGCUAGACGACGACGGCUCGGAGCGGGAGAUCCUAUCCGAAGACGAAGGCUCCUGGUCCAGACCCAACUCCAAGUUACAGAGUCCGAGGACCAGCGGAGACGGAUUCGACACAAGACCAUCUUAUCGGCACAGCCAAGAUGAGGAUGAAUGGGAAGAAGUGGAGCCGGAUCCAACCUGGUUCUUCAAGCAAUGCUUCGGCGACAAAGGCGACGUUGAAGAUAUAACAGAAGCCGACAUCAUAUCCACCGUCGAGUUCGACCAAACAGGAAACUAUCUCGCGACCGGCGACAAGGGCGGCAGAGUGGUGCUGUUCGAGCGAAACGAGACCAAGAAGACGUGCGAGUACAAGUUCCACACCGAGUUCCAAUCACACGAACCCGAAUUCGACUACCUAAAAUCACUCGAGAUAGAAGAAAAGAUCAACAAGAUCAAGUGGUGCAGGCGACAAAAUGCAUCGCAUUACCUCUUAUCCACCAACGACAAGACCAUCAAGCUAUGGAAGGUGUUUGAGAAGUCGUUGAAGGUGGUGGCGGAGAACAAUCUGUCGUCAGAGCUCACACCUGGAGGGACUGGGAAUGCGAAUGGUGGUGGUCCCGUGCGAUACCCCAACCAGCACUUCCGAACCGUGAACGACUUGAAGUUCCCACGCAUGACACAUCACGACACUGUGGUCGCCGCCGUCCCGCGACGAGUAUAUGCCAACGCGCAUGCCUACCACAUCAACAGCAUCUCCGUCAACAGCGAUGGCGAGACCUUCAUAUCUUCCGACGACCUGCGGAUAAAUCUUUGGAAUCUCAACAUUCAGGACCAGAGCUUCAAUAUCGUCGACAUCAAGCCCGCGAACAUGGAGGAGCUGACAGAGGUCAUCACGGCUGCUGAGUUCCACCCAGUCAGCUGCAACUGGUUCAUGUACGCCAGCAGCAAAGGCACGAUCAAGCUGGCCGAUAUGCGACAAAAGGCGCUGUGUGACGAGCAUGCGAAGCAAUUCGAACAAGAAGAAGACCCCUCCUCCCGCUCCUUCUUCUCCGAAAUCAUCUCCUCCAUCUCCGACGUCCGCUUCUCCCACGACGGCCGCUACAUCCUCUCGCGUGACUACCUCACCGUCAAAAUUUGGGACGUGAACAUGGAACGCCAGCCCGUGAAGACCAUCCCCAUCCACGAACACCUCCGGCCCCGCCUCUGCGACACGUACGAAAACGACUCCAUCUUCGACAAGUUCGAGGUUGUCUUUUCCGGUGAUGCGAAGAAUGUCAUGACGGGGAGCUAUAAUAAUAAUUUCAUGAUUUAUCCUACCGAGGCGGGCAGUGAGACGGAGGUCGUGUUGCAGGCGGAUAAGAGUGCGUUCAAGGCGAAGAAGGUGGGGAUUCCUACCCCGAUGAAUGGGGGUGGUGGCGGGGGUGGGAGUGGUGGGAAGGAUGGCGGAGUGAUUGGGGGUGGGAAGAAGGGGUCUAGGGCGAAUUCUCCUGCUGGGGGGGCGCAAAGGAUGAAGAAGGAGACGGAUGCGGAUCAGAUUGAUUUCAACAAGAAGAUUUUGCAUAUGUCGUGGCAUCCGCAGGAGGAUUCUAUCGCUAUUGCCGCGACGAAUAAUCUCUUCGUUUUCUCGGCCCUUUAA